AUGCCACCAAAACCGCUGAAAUUGUUGCGAAUGCGGCAAAAUGAAGAUUAUGAAGAAUAUGUUAAAAAUUUAUUGGAUGGAAAAGGAACAUUGAAUUUAUCAGGUAACAUAUCCGUCGAUUAAUUACAAAUUUUGAGAAAUAAUGUAUAUUUUUAAGGGAUAAGAGUUGAGAUAACUAUGGAUAUGAUACGACGAGAAUCUCAAACAUUAGGUAGCGGUGGAUUUGGAAACGUAUAUGAAACUAAUUAUGAAGGUAUUGUUUUUGCUAGAAAAGUGAGUUUUAAAUUUGGUUUUUUUAUUGUUAUCAUUAUGUUAGUUCAAAAUAUUGUUAUCACGACUGUUGUUGUAUGAAGAUUUCGGAUGAUUUUUGAUUGACACUUGUUUGAAAAUUUAAAUUUGUUUAUCAGUUACUGAAAAAAAUUUCUUUCAAAUUAACAACCAAUGUUCUUGUCCCUUUUUCAAUGCAUUCUUAUCGGAAAGUAGUGAAAAUGUUUACGAAUGUGUUUUAUUUUUCAAAAAAAAAAUACAUAUCAUUUUUACAAUAUGAUCUUCACAUUUUCAUCAUUUUUCUUCCAGGAAAUUAAAAUUCCAAGCCAAGUAAGCAAAGAAGAAAUGCAUCGAUAUUUACGUGAACUCGAUGUCACACGUCAAUGCAAAGCUUGUCCAUUUGUUGUCAAAUUUUAUGGAUAUUAUAUUUAUCGUGUAGUUUGUGAAUAUAACUUUUAUAUUUUCAUGGAAAAAGUGCCAUUCAGCGCCGCUUUUAUGAUCGAAAAAAUGUUGAAAAUUGGAAAAGAGAUACCUGAAUUUGUUCUAGGCCGGAUAGCAUGUUCAGUUGUACACGCGUUGCGUUUUCUCAAAGAUGCAUUGGUAAAUAUUUUUUUUUGAAAAUCAAAGCUUCUAUUUUCAUGAACCCCUCAAAUGUUUCAAAAGUAAAAAAAAACAGAAUAAAAGCUGAAAUGCACUUUCAGCAAAUAAUUCAUCGCGACGUUAAGCCUCCUAAUAUACUUAUGGAUUAUGAUGGACGCGUUAAACUGUGUGAUCUUGGAAUUUGUGCAAAAUUAGAAAACUCUACUGCAUUUUCAAGAGCUGGAAGUUAUCCAUAUAUGGCACCAGAGAGAUUCAAGGAAGGUUAUGAUGAUAGAAGUGAUGUAUGGUCCCUUGGUGUUUCUUUAGUUGAGUUAGCUGAAUUGAAGUUAGUUGAAAUCUGGGAUUUGCAUUUUGAAAAACAUAAUUUUUAUAGAAAUCCUUACACCACAAAUGGUAAUCAACUUCAACAUUUGAUAGAAGCUAUAGGAUCGCAUCCAUCACCAACUUUGAAUCCAGUAAGUGACAUUUUUUUGAAAAUUUUUGAAAAUUGAAGAAAUUUUUUUUUAGAAAAUAUUUUCUGACUGCUUGGUGAUGUUCAUAUCACAACUACUUCAGCAUGAUGUGAAGAAUCGACCAAAAUAUGCGCAAAUUGAGGUAGGUGAGAAAUAUUGAGACCUAAAUGUCGAAAAUCGAUAGAAUACUUUUCUAUCCACCGUCCACCAGAUUACAAAAAAAAAAUAGUAAUUCCAGCAACUCGAAUUUUUCGUGCUUCACGACUUGCCUUUUACUUAUAUUGGAACAGGCAAAUCCCCCAAGAAAGACCAAGAAAGACAAUCAGUUGGAAAAUGGAUUGACGAGAAUUUAUUAUCCGGUUCAAACUAA